GGCGGCUCCGAGUCUGGCUACGCGCGCGUUCGGCCAGGAAGGCUCUUUGUCACAUCAGUCCUCCCUCCAGAAAGGGAAACUUUGCCUAAGCCAAUUUGGGCAGAGUGGGUCUUCUGAGAGAAAAACAAGAUUCUCUCUCCAUUAUUGGGGAGUACUGACUGAUGCCUUAUUGCCUGCUCUUUCACAAUGAAAGCCAUGGAGGAUCAAGUGGUGCAAGAAGAACUAGGGUACCAGGAUGAUGAGGAAUCCUUGUUUCAGGAUAUUGACCUGUUACAGAAACAUGGAAUUAAUGUGGCUGAUAUUAAAAAGCUGAAGUCCGUGGGAAUCUGUACCGUCAAAGGGAUCCAGAUGACAACAAGGCGGGCAUUGUGCAAUGUGAAAGGGCUUUCAGAGGCUAAAGUGGACAAGAUCAAAGAAGCAGCCAACAAGCUAAUUGAACCAGGAUUCUUGACUGCCUUUGAGUACAGCGAGAAAAGGAAGAUGGUGUUCCAUAUCACCACUGGGAGCCAGGAAUUUGAUAAACUAUUGGGUGGUGGGAUUGAAAGCAUGGCAAUCACAGAGGCCUUUGGAGAAUUCCGAACAGGCAAAACCCAGCUUGCCCACACCCUUUGUGUGACAGCUCAGCUUCCAGGAGCAGAUCGCUACACAGGAGGAAAAAUUAUCUUCAUUGAUACUGAAAACACUUUCCGUCCAGAUCGUCUUCGUGACAUCGCUGAUCGCUUCAAUGUAGACCAUGAUGCAGUGCUUGACAAUGUGCUGUAUGCACGAGCAUAUACCAGUGAACAUCAGAUGGAGUUGCUUGACUAUGUAGCAGCCAAAUUCCAUGAGGAAGCUGGCAUCUUCAAGCUAUUGAUCAUUGACUCCAUAAUGGCACUCUUCCGUGUAGAUUUCAGUGGCCGUGGGGAGCUGGCUGAACGGCAACAGAAACUUGCUCAGAUGCUAUCAAGGCUCCAGAAAAUCUCAGAAGAAUAUAAUGUGGCUGUGUUUGUGUCCAAUCAGAUGACUGCUGAUCCAGGAGCAACUAUGACUUUUCAGGCAGACCCUAAGAAGCCCAUUGGCGGCCACAUCCUUGCUCAUGCUUCAACUACAAGAAUUAGUUUGCGGAAGGGAAGGGGGGAGUUGCGUAUUGCCAAGAUAUAUGACAGCCCUGAGAUGCCUGAAAAUGAAGCUACGUUUGCAAUAACUGCUGGAGGGAUUGGGGAUGCCAAAGAGUAGAUGGAAAACUGAUGCAAAUCUCCAUUUGAAAACAGCCCAUGCACCUCAGAUGAAGCCAUGGUAUCCAAAGUCUGACUCCUUGGUUACUUAGUGUUUUUCAUGCACAGUUUGGAAAGUUUAGAAUUAGAAGAAUGCUGGGAAGAGCUUUUUAGGUAUCAUAUUUCAAAAAUCUUAACAGUUCCUGGUUCACCUUAGUGCUAUUUUAAAAUGAUCUUUCAAGCAGCCAGAAGUUGAAAAAGCACAGAAAUGUGACUUAUUCAAGGAAUACCUUCCUUGUGGUUCAGGAGAAGCAAAGCUGUUUUGUCAUAUGGGCUUAAUGUGCACUUUUUAUAAUUUCUUGGGAAAGGAAUGUCUGGAAUAGAAUAUAAUGGCAUGGAAUGGAACAGCAUUGAAACACAGUUUUUAAAAAAUAAUGAGUAACUAGUAGACAGAGGGAAAGUGCAGUGAAAGAGAGAUAAGAAUAGGUGAACUUGCUAAUGUUUCAUUGACAGUAGAGGAAUGAUAGUUGCUUGAAAAGAUUUUUAGAAAUCUUGAUUAGAUUAUUUAUUUGUUUUUAAAGUGCCUGUAUUUCUGUUUUGGAAUAUUUAAAGCUGUUGUCUAUUUUUUAUAUCUAUGAAAAAUGCUAAAUUAAAACAUCUCUCUUCUUUAUGCUUGUGUGCAAUACAGCCAACACAUGGUUUGAGUGAAACCCUGGUUCUGUGAGUAGUCUCGCUGAUUUUGUUGUGAAAAUUUGCAUGAGUAAACUAAUGAGAUAUAGCCUAACAUUAUAC